UACCCCCACCCCACCCCACCCCACCAUCUCCCGCGACACGCGAAAACACCACCAGCCGCGCCGCGGCGGGGAAUUUGCCCGGCCGUGAUGGAGUCGGAGGGGCAGGACAGGCCGCCGGGCGAGCGGGACGCGCACGCGCACGCCGGCGGGGUGGCUGAGCCGGGGGCGAUGGUGCCGGUGCCGGUGCGCGGGGGGUACAUGGUGGUGCCCAAGCCGGAGCCGGUGGAGCUCUUCGGGGCCGGCGGGGGCGGGAUGGUGGUGCGCAAGCCGCCGCCCAGGAACCGGGACCGGCACACCAAGGUCGAGGGCCGCGGCCGCCGGAUCCGCAUGCCGGCCGCCUGCGCCGCCAGGAUCUUCCAGCUCACCCGCGAGCUAGGGCACAAGUCGGACGGCGAGACCGUGCGCUGGCUGCUGCAGCAGUCCGAGCCGGCCAUAGUCGCCGCCACGGGGACCGGCACCGUGCCCGCCAUCGCCACCACCGUCGACGGCGUGCUCCGGAUCCCCACCCAGUCCUCCUCCUCCGCCUCCUCCGCCGUCGUCGACGACGAGGCCUCCGCCAAGCGCCGCCGCAAGCUGCAGCCCACGCGCGCCGCCGGCCCGCUCGCCACCGUGCCGCCCACCGCCGCCUACUACUCCGUCCUCGCCGACCCCCUCCUGCAGGGCGGCGCCGGGGGCGCGGCCAUUUCCGUCGCCAGCGGCCUCGCUCCCAUCGGCGGCCAGCAGGGCCUCGUCCCCGUCUUCGCCGUGCCGUCCGCCGCUGCGGCCGCCGGAGGCAACCACAUGAUCCCGCAGGCCACCGCCGUGUGGAUGGUCCCGCAGCCGGCCGGCGCCCCCAACCAGCCCACCCAGUACUGGGCUUUCCAGUCCGCGCCACAGCUCAUCAACCUCGCCGGCGCGCAGACCAUGCCGGCUGGAGCUGUCUUCCCCAACGUUGCCGCCGACUACCAUCAACAGCGGCAGUCUGCCUCUACCGUGGUCCAGAACACCAACUCGGACCACCAGCAGUUCAGCCACCAUCUCACCGGCGCCGAGUCGCACGAGCAGCAGCGCCGUGACCACCACCCGGAGGAGGACGACGCCGAUGACGACGACGAGCCAGUCUCCGACUCCAGCCCAGAAGACUAACGAAGCAGAGCAAAGCCACGAAAGCACUCCACUGCACGCACUGCAGCCAAAAGUCAAUCCAAAGAAGAAACCUUAGGUUCUAUUCUAGUGAAAUAUUUAUUCUCCGAUUAUGUAUUAGUCAGUAAUGAUACCACUGUUGCCCCUACGGAGUGUUUUUUUGGUACCAUGACUACUGUUGGUUGUCCCUAAUUAUUCUUGACCUUCAAUCAAUAAGAACACGAAACAUGGAGAAAAAUUUGAGCUUU